AUGCAUCAGACAGGGAACCUCUCAAAGCUCUUGCGCCAUUUCGUCCUCUUGUUUUUCCUGCACCUCUGGCACGGCCACUUCACCAGACCCUUUGCCUGCACAAGAGUUGAGUUGGCACGCUUUCAGGGCGAACGAUGUUUUGGCAUCGCAGUGGAUUCGGAUGCAUGCCGAGUGCAUGCCCUUCACCUCGCAAGCGGCUCUGCCCUGUACACAUUUCAGUGCGACCGCCUAGAUUCGCGGCACGCAGAUCUCGUUGGGCAGGUCUUGAACAAGACCUCCUGCCGCAAAGUGGGGGUUGGACUUGCGGGCAAACUAGAAGCAUUACUGGGGACAUUUCCGUACUUGCAGCUUGAGUCUUGGCUGGAUCUAUCAGAGCACCUGUGGGCAAACUCAAUCACUACCGAGCGUUUAAGCUUGGAGGACAUGUCUCAAUGGCUGUUGCGCCGAACGUGCACUCACGGUAAGCCUGAGAAGCCUCGAGCUGCGGAGUCUCCUGGAGCUUGGGAUCCGGACACAUCGGAUACAUCAGAAACAUCCGACACGGCUUUAGAAGCUACUGAGAGCAGGGACCUUUGGCCACGCGUGGAAGGUCUGGUCAACCUGCGUCAGAUUCAGGAUCGACUGAGCCGUGGUCCACCCAGUUCUGCGGUGGAGAACUUGUGGAAUGCUGCGCCGGCAGCGGCUGAGGCGGACGAGGACGCUUGGCAGGCUCCAGCCCAGCCGGAGCACAUUGAGACCGUCGACGACUGGGGCACGGACACCACCGCAGGCCCCACUGAAAACAGUGUUGUCGAAAGUCCUACCCGCCUGGAGGCAAGUCAAGAAGCCACUGAAGCUUGCGACAACGACGCUAGCAACGGUGAAGCCGGUGCAGAGCAGAUUGAGGAGCCGGCGGACACACACGAGGAUUCGGAGGCAGAGAGCUUGAACAAAGACGUAGCUCUUUGGCUGGGCCAUUUGAACCUCACAGACCACACGCAGGCGGUGCUCGCCUGGUGCGAGGAGAUGGGCGCUGCCUCGCUCGAGGAGGUCAUCGAGAGCAUCGACGACCUGGUGCGAGAGCUGGCGCUGAAGCCUCUGCAGGAGAAGCGACUUCAGAGCAAAGCUGUGGAGGCGCUGGAGAACGUACGAUCCAGGGAGGCUACGCAAGCCAAUGUUGCUGGAUCGGAACCAUCGUCAGCUGCUCCAGGCACGAGCUACUACGAUGGUGCUGGGACGUCAUCGUCCCGCACUGGUUCGAAGGAAACGCGUCCGGUGUCAAAAGCUCAGAGCUUCUACAAGUCUUGCGGCCAGGAAGCAGAGGACAACUACCUCAAGCAACGGCCAACGGAGACCGCGGUUUGGGUCCCUUCUGCCAAGAGCAGUCAAGGUGCCAGGAAGCGGCAAAAAGACCGGACAGCUGCGGCGAACGAGGCCCAGGCAUCCGCUCAGAAAGAGGCUGAGGCAGAGGCUCGUCGAGAAGCAGCGCGACGGCUGGAAGAGCAGUUGCGCGAGGAGAAGGAGCAGAAGCUGCGGGAGUGCCGCGCUCUCUUAGCAGAUGCUUUGGAUCGCACUGACUCGCAGGCAUUCGCAACGGCGCUGGCAGCUGCCAAGAAGGCAGGGCUUUCGCCGGAAGAUGGCAAGGAAGCGCAGGACAAACUUAAUCUCGCGCUUCGCAGGCGAACGCAGCGUCGACAUGAUGCUCUGUGCGCCUUGCAGGCGAGUCUCGAAGCUCCAAAGGAUGAGGGCUUUGGACCGGCGGUGCAGAAGGCCUUGGAGGAGGCCAAAAAAGAGGGAGUGCUGGAGCAUGUGCCGGGUGGUCGCGAAGCAGCCCGAGAUGCUGAGGCUGCUUUGCAUGAGUGGGAAGUGGCCGAGCAACAGCGGCAAGAGUCCCGCAUGGCGCUGCAGUUUGCCCUUCGGCGGGGUGAAGUCGGGGCUUUGCAGGUGGCACUGAGCGAGGCGAAGGCUGCUGGUCUUGCGGACGACUCCGGCUUGAUGGCAGAGGAGACCUUGGGUAUCACCACUGAUGGGCAACCUCUGGAUGAUGUUCAGGACGGCGAUGGCAACUUGCGCAUUGUCCUCUUCUCGUUCCUGGCUCUUCUGUCCACAGCCAUCUUCUACCUUGCCGAAAGCUUAUCCUUCGACACGAUCUUUGAAAUGCUUUGA